UGUGUGAAGCGUGGGUGUCAGAUUAACCAUAGAUUCAGAGAAGCUGGAAAGGAAGAGUACUGAGGAGAUAUAUACAUAGUUAUCUACAAUAGGGAUAACAAAAAACAUUUACAUAGAUACAUUGCUACAAUAUACAUAGUGACAAUACGGUUCAGUCUACGGAAUAAUAUCCUGUGGAUCCAGGAACUUGAAGUCCUAAGGUGAACUGGAGCUGAGCAUGUACCACUCCACGAGUACUCUGCCUGCCUAGGAGGAUGACAGGGAAUGUAAUGGGUGCCACUUUCUCUGUGGAAGUUGCCGACUCUGGAUCCAGCAAAAGAGCCCCCAAACCAUCAAUUUCAACCAUCAACUGAGAUCAUGUUUAGGUAACUUAAUUUUACCUAGAGUUCAUUUGGGGGGAUCCACUUUCCUGCACUCAAGGAAUGCUGAACACAGUAUCCUUUUAUGUAGUAUAAAAGGUUAUAUCCUUUGACACACUCUAGCUAGGGUGCUGUUGUCAUACAGUAGAUCAAUAAUAGAUACACAUGUCUGAUCAAUAGGUUCCCUGAUCAAGCGGUUCUCUGUCUCCAGCCAGGUGGCUCUACAGCCUGCUGCACGCACCGGGUUCUCCGAUUAGCAUGGCUGUGCGUGCUGCUGCCAAUAGCUGCAGGCAUGGUCUUCAUCCUGGGGUACCUGAGCCUCAAUGGAGUCGAUCCCCAGCCCAGGAGGUCUUACCAUGUGUCUUAUCCCCAGCCCAGGAGGUCUUACCAUGUGUCUUACCCCCACCCCUAUCACUUCAUCCUGGACGAACCGGACUGCUGUCUAGGGGACCAGACCCCCUUCUUGGUUCUGAUGGUGCCGGUGGCUCCAGGUAACCUGGUAUCCAGGCAGGUGAUCCGCAGGACCUGGGGGAAGGAGGGUGUGGUUCUGGGCCGGGCGGUGCGUGUGUUGUUCCUGCUGGGCAUGCCAGGUGGGGCGGGGGUGGAGAGGCAGCAGGAGGAGCUGAAGACGGAGAGCCUGGAGCACCACGACCUGCUGCAGAGUGACUUCCUGGACAGCUACUUCAACCUGACCAUCAAGACAAUGGUGAUGCUGGAAUGGCUGAGCUCUCGCUGCCCCAACGCCUCCUACGCCAUGAAGGUGGACUCCGACAUGUUCGUCAACGUGCACAACCUGGUCAGCAUGCUGGCUGCCCCAGACACACCCACCAGGAACUACAUCACGGGUCAGAUUGCCCGCUUCAGCCCUGUCCACAGAGACCCCGCCUCCAAGUGGUACCUCCCCACAGAGGCGUUCCCUUCCUUCAUCUACCCCCCCUACGUCAUGGGUUUCUGCUACGUGUUCUCCCUGGACCUACCCGGACGGAUCCUAGAGGCGUCUCGCCACGUGCAAGCGGUCCACAUCGAGGAUGUGUAUGUGGGCAUGUGUCUGGAAUACAUUGGCGUCCUUCCCACAAACCCGCCCGCCAGCGAUUUGUUCAGUGAUAAGGUGUUGGCAUACAGUCACUGUAGGUAUAGCAGUCUCAUCGCUACCAUGACCAGCGGCUCUGAUUUACUGAUGGGGCUGUGGGAGGACUUUCAGAAGCCUGGUCCCUCGUGCCCUCCUUCCUGGCGGCAUCUGUUGAUCCAGGCCUUGCACCGAAACUGGUCCACUUAACUUAUAAAGAAUUGAUUUCCAUUAUGUUGCUGAAAUCUGCUGGCUCCAAGCUAGCUAGUUUGGCGGUGAGUAUAUUGAAUAAGCCUAGUUAAAAGCAACACUGUCAACAUUUCACUUUUAUGUUAUCUAUAGUUACAGCUCAGUGGUGGAGCAUUUGACCGCAAGAUGUUGCAGAUUCAAAGCCCCUCUAUACAUUAAAUAAGACAAAAGCUUAAUUGAAAGCACAUUCAUGAUUAUGUUUUAAGAACAGAACAUUUCAAGAUUGCCUCAUCAUACAACCACCACCAAUAUAACCACCAAAAACAUUCUAAACAGGAAGUAGCAAUCUUAUCUCCUCCCCUCCCUCCCCCCUCCUGCCUGGGCUUGCACCUCCUCCUACGUCUGCAUCAGGAACGAAAGAGUCCUAGGUGACAUUCUUAUCAAUGCUAGAUUGUCUAACAUUGUCAAAUGCAACAUUGCAUAAACAUUUAUUUAAACAUUGCUGCUAUAAAUGAAAUCCAUUUUUAUAAUAAUUGUGUUGGUCCGUUACAUUUGAUGUAUUCAUUUACUGUAUUAGACAGAACUAUCACACAUGGUGUCCAAGAAGUAGACCCUCCAAGUUGCAGAUGUUGCUACAUCGCAGUCUGUAUUUAUGAAGCAGUUUUAUUUUGAUUUAUUCUAUAAUUUCUGUCUUGAUCAGUGAUAAAUGCCUGUGUUUUGUUGACUAUAUAGUUGUAUAUAUUUGCUGUUAUUGUUUUAUGUGUUAUUUGUUUGAAAUGUGGUCCAUAGUAGUUUUUUUGCAGCUGUUCUGGGCCAAAGACUCAGGGCGACUUUCAUGUCAAAUUAAGAUUUAAUCAAGAUGAUUAAAUCACGGACAGUCAGUCUGUAUUAAAACAAUAAAAUAUAGUUCACUCUG